AUGGAUUACUACUUCCAAGAUGGAGCCACCAAAACACCAGCAGCCUUCCAGAAUGAGCUAACACCUGUGAGUUCAGGAAACCAGGUUAAUGGUGAUAUGGAUUACUACUUCCAAGAUGGAGCCACCAAAACACCAGCAGCCUUCCAGAAUGAGCUAACACCUGUAUUGGGGAAUGUCCUGAUACGUAUUCGUCUAGUUUUUAAGAACUUGACCAGAGUACCUAGUGAGGCUGAUGUUCUCAAUGCUGCUAAUGCUCUGCUGGACUCAAAGAUCAGAAGAGCACGAGCUCUUGUAACACAAAAACUGAGUGAUCCUGUGAGCAUACAGAAUGUCGUCUAUGAAAAAAUUGGAAACAACUCCUACAUUAUAAGCUUUGCAUUUCAAAUCAGCAAUGUGACCAUCUUCAAAGACUUUCAGCUGAGGAACGAAACAUAUGUUUUAAUUCAAAACACCAUCAACAGCCUGCUGAACACUAUUCUGAAUGUGAAAGAUGCUCCUGCAUUUGUCUUUCCACAAGCAAACUACACGUUUAAUGGUACAGCAAUUGAGGCUAAUUCCGAAUACAUCUUCGUGGAAGGUGAAACCAAGUGGACACCAAGUGGAUUUCUUUCUGCAAUACUCAACAUUAGUGGUUUGUCGACCUUCACCACUCCUGCUGCUCAAACCAAUCCCCCUGUCCUGGGGCCCACAGUGCAAGCACACAGCAACACCACCACCACUGGAGGAAAUUCUGCAUGGAUCCUGGGAAUCAUUAUCCCCUGCAGUAUAGUCAUUAUUCUCAUACCAUGCUGGAUUCUACUCUGUUGUCUGCUGUGUGGUUGCUGUGCUGGUUUAAGGAGACGCUACAACAGAAGACGGUCCUACAAUGUCCAAUACACAACACGAAAUGGACUCUUUUAAAAACAGUUAGAGUGUAAAAUAAUUUCACGAAAAUAUUAUUUGCAACUCCAUUAGACUAUAUUUUAUUAUAUAGUUUAUUUUUUAAUCUGUUUCAUUAUAUAGUUUAUUUUUUAUUUGUUUACCUAUUUAAUUAUUUCAUCCAUUUAAUUCUAUCUUAUUUAAUCUUUAUACAUAAUUAAUUUUAUUUCAACUACAUACAUAAAAAUGAAGCUACAUAUGGUCUAUUAAAGUGAAUUAUUAAACAGGAUAAUGUAUAUAUUCUUUCCAAACUAAUGUUCAGUUAUGUUGUAAUUUAACUUAUUUAUUAAUUUAACUUAUUUAUUAAAGCUAUUUAUAAUAAAGUUUGUCAAAUAUUGCUUGCUCAAUUGAGAUUAAUCCACACAAUUAAAAUCUGUAUCCUGUGUUUAUAUUUUUCUGUAAAGCUGCCGAGACAGACCGUUGUAAAAAGCACUAUACAAAUAUAAUUGAAUUGAAAUAUCUGUGAAUGUCUUGUGUUUCACCCCGAUUAUGUUUGUCAUUUAAACAACUCGUAUAUCUUUGCACAUCGUGUAGUAUUGCAUGUAUUCUCCUUACCAAG